UUUAAGUUCUUGUAGACUAACUCUCCUGUGACUUCUGUCUCACCUCAGGCGGUUCCUGUGGACCGCCAACGUCAGUCUCAUCUCCACUGCAGAGUUUACUGAGCAUUAUUGACUAAGGAAGUGAAGUACAUUUCACAAUAAACCACAGGCGCUGCAUAUUCUCCACGACAAAUGGAGGUGAAGUUCUAACCUCACUACUUCACAUGAAAUACAGUGAGAAAUCUGAACUACCAAAAAGGCUCACAGACAGCAGGCAGCAACCCCAACAUAUGAAACGCUCUCUUUUUGCACAUCAGAAGCUUCAAUAUUUAGUUGUUGGGGUAGUUAUAGAAAAACUAAACUGUGCAGCUCUGAAAGUGAUGGAGCUGCUGUAGAUUGUGUGAGCAUUAUCACCACCAAGCGGUUGUUUUUUAGUAUUGCACCUCUUUGAUGAUGCUGAGUUACACGCUCGCUUGCUUAUGUAAAAACCCACGGGUGAAGUAGCGGCACUGAAGGGGUGAAUCAGUCCAUGCGCAGCAACAGACCCGCUGCCUCACGUUCAGGCCAUCGGCAGGAAGCCACAGGAAGUCGGGUUGACCGUCCAAAAGAUGCAUCUCAUCCUCCUGCAUGUGUGUAGCAUCAUCAACGUCUGUCAAUGACGGUGGUUAAACUGUGAAACGUCAGGCGAGUAUAGAGACCCACUGUUCUCUAAAAGUUAACUGUGCUUCUGGACCAAGAAAAGCAGCGUUUCCCCACCCGUUGGAUUCAUCAUGACGGGAUGAGCCUGCUGUAAAAGACAGACCAUCAUGUCAGGCUCCUCUGACACUUUAAAGUUUCAUCUCCCCACCCACGGCGACUCCAUCCUCGGCAAAAUGAACGCUCUGAGAGAGGAUCGCCGCUUCUGUGAUGUCACACUCCUCCUUGGUGGUCCUCAGGGCGCCACUGUCCAGCCUCUCCGCUUCCACGCUCACAGAGUGGUGCUCGCAGCAUCCUCCGAUUUCCUCCGUGACCAGUUCCUGCUCCACGAGGGCCGGGCAGAGCUGAGUGUGGGUGUGGUGUCCAGCGUGGAGGUUGGUAAGAGACUGCUCCUGUCCUGCUACACCGGGCUCCUGGAGGUACCUCUGAGGGAGCUGGUGAGCUACCUCACUGCAGCCAGUGCGCUUCAAAUGAGCCAGGUGGUGAAGAAAUGUUCCCAGGCUGUGUCCCUGUACCUCAAUCCAACUCUGGCUUUCUUGAAACUGGAGGGACCAUCAGAAGAGAAGGAAAUCCUGCAGCCAGACAGUGGCUGGCCAGGCCCCAGUUCAAAAAAUCAGGAGGAAAGGGAUGCAGCCCAACCCAGCACCAGUAUCCAGGAAACAAUUACCGAGGGAGGGGGAGCGAUUGUGAUUCAGUCCAAGUUGAGGGUGAGUCAGGCAGCCAAGGUGCAUAAUCAAGGACUGAGAGAGGUUAGAGGGGAUAGGAGGGUGGUUAAAGCUAAAAUAGAAGACGCAGCAUGUUGUCUCAACAUGCUUGAGUCAGAGGACGGUGGAGGCAUCCUGGCUGUUCACACAAGCAAGCCAUCCUAUCAAGUUCACCACAUUACAGAAGCCUUAAAAUGUAAUCUACACCCUCCUACAGCUGUCCGAGAUCAUAUAUCCUCCACAACCAUGGGAAGUUCUGCUCAACAUGAAGAGGUGGCGGACAGCUCCCGAAGCCCGGAUGAAACUCUCUCAGUGGCAGCUCAACUGCAAGAACGUGGAGAGCUGAUGGAUUCCAAUAUAUUCGGCCUCUCUCCAGCACAUCUGUCAAAGAGUCAUUGUUCUGGAGAUGAGCUGACAGAUGAUUCAGACUGCAAAUUGGUCCAGAGACCAUACCUGUGCAGGAGGUGUGACAGAGUCUUCCAGCACUUGGAGAGCUACAUGGGGCACUUGAAGGAACACAGACAGUACCUGUGUUUGGUCUGUGGGAAAGGCUUUUCCCAGAAGAGUAACCUGUCUCACCACAUACACGCCCACACUGGUGUCAAGUCUUUCAGAUGCCCGUUGUGCCACAAGACAUUUUCUCAGAAAGCCCCACUGCAAGACCAUCUCAACCUGCAUACAGGGGACAGACCCCCUAAUUGUAACUACUGUGCUGUGCACUUUGUGCACAAGCCAGGCCUCAGACGCCACCUGAAGGAUACUCAUGCGGGAUAUAUGGUUUUCACAAGAGGUCAAGAUGAGCCACAAGGAAGAAGCAUGAAGCGAAAGAGCAGUCCCCAUCCCUCCUCCUAACCCACAGCUGCUUCUGUAGAGCUGAGUAGAGCUGUUCAGUGGCCAACUGAUCAAACAGCGGUUGGUCAGUUGUGAGUGUGUGUAACUGUGUGUGUAUAUAGAACAGGCAAUUCCUGAGAAAGAUGCUCUCAGCAAGACUACCUUUGAAUAAUAAAAC